GUAACAAAAUCACACACCAUUGGAUCACAUGAAAGGUUUUGCCAUAAGAAAUGUAUAUACAAAAUAUGAAAGCCCUAGCUUAAUCAAAUAGUUCAAGAGAUAUUUUUAAAGAUAUUCUUACAUUAGCAUAUAAAACUUUGAUCCCCUAUUGUCAUUCCACUCUUCCUCUGGGUGCGAUGAUUUUUACAAACUAGAAUCUGCACUAAGUUAGAAAGCUUUCAUGUAAAUUUGAACUUUUCUGGCCCAGUGGUUCUUGAGAAGAAAUUUGCUAUAUAUUCACAUGUAAAACUUUGAUCCCUAUUGAGGCCCCACUCUACCCUUGGGGACUGUGCUUUUUUUUUUUUUUAACAAACUUGAAUCUGCAUUAUGUCAGGAAGCUGCCCUGUAAUCUUGAACUUUUCUGGCUCAGUGGUUCUUUAGAAUAUUUUUUAAUGAUUCCACCCUCUUUUUGCAUUUUCAUGAUUAUAUCUCCUUUGAAGGAAGCAAUGGCCCUUCAUUUGAACAAACUUGAAUCCCCUGAAAGGCCUUUACCUAGGGAUGUUUUAAUUGUGCAAAGUUUUGUCUUGCUAGCCUAGUUCUGAAGAAGAUUUUAAAAACUGUCAGUGUAUUUUUGAGAUUAUCUCCCCUUGGAGAAGAGGGUUGACAUUCACACUUGAAUCCUCUUCACCAAAGAAUGAUUUUUGCCAAUUUUGGUUGAAAUUGGCCCAAUAGAUCUGGAAAAGAAGUUGAAAGUGUGAGAAGUUUACAGACAGAUGUACAACGGACAACAGGUGAUCAGAAAAGUUAAGCUCAGGUGAGCUACAAAUAUGUUGGCAGAGUUUUCUCAAACAAUUACACAAAGUAUUAAAAAAUAUCUUAUAAUCCUGUCCACAGCAGAGACUGACUAGAUCUAGUUAACAACACUUAUGAGUAUUGCUCUGUCGUUAAUUUUGCACACUGAGAUGCGGCAGAGGCAAACACAGUUUUAAAGGCAUGUUACGUCAUUGAAUCAAUAUAAUGAUGACGCCAUUAAAUUAUGAAAACACUAAUUAGUGGCUAUGCCUUGCUUCUAUGAGUCUGAAUUAACUAGCGUAUCAGCGUUAUUAUCAGUGAAAACUUAACUAUUAACUCCAGCAAAUCUCUAGACUACUUAGUACCUUCGUUGGGAUAUGAAUUUUUCGCGCGUUAAUAAAAUUAUUGACACAAGUUUGCAUCCCAAGAUCAAUUUUGGAGGAUAUGAUUGUCAGGGAAAAGUUGAUUGGUAAUAAAUAUCAAUUAAAUAACGAUUUUUCAUCUAUAGUAAUCUUUUAAAAAUUUCAAUUUACCAAAAUAUACUAAUGUUGGAAGUUUAGAUCAUGCAGGGUUGAAUUAUCUCGGAUACAGAAUUCAGGAACACUUUCAACAAGUUCAGAAUUUCGAUCCCGAGCUGGAAAAUGUCAACAGUGUUUCUGCAUGUUGGUCAAUGCGGUAACCAAGUCGGUUUACCGUUUUGGAAAAGAGCUGUCAAAGAUGAAAAUGUUACAGUCAAUCGGACAUUUCUCCACGCUGAUGGAAUGCAGCGUUCUGUCCACAUUGACAGUGAGACGAAAGUCAUCGCCAAGAUAGCCAAGACAAACACUGUUAGGAAAAAGAAUUUAGUGUGUGGAAAGAGAGGAAGAGGAACGAACUGGGCAUUAGGUUACAAUGGAUUGUUAAAGAAAGGAGAGGAUCACAUAGUGGAGGAUACAAUGGAAAUGUUGAGGACGGAAAUAGAAAGAUGCGAUUCCUUCAGUGGCUGUAUUCUCAUGCACAGUUUGUCCGGAGGAACCGGGUCAGGUUUGGGAUCGAAGCUGUGCGAGAUGAUACGAGAUGACUACCCCAUGAACCACCUUUUAUCCUGUUCCUUUGCUCCCUGUCGGAGUGGAGAAAGCCCCCUCCAACAUUAUAACUCACUUCUCACCACAGCGUUUUUGAAUAGGUACACGGACUGUAACAUAUUGACACAUAAUGACAACAUACUGGACCGUCUGAAAAAGAAGAUGGAGACGGUGUCCUUUAAUCAGAUGAAUGAAAACAUAGCUGCUGCUCUCUGUGGUGUCCUCCUACCAACUGACACACUAACAACCAAAUGUGGAGCAAGCAUUGGAAUGGAACCCUGGGAAAUGGUCAGGUCACUAUGUCCACAUCCUGGAAAUAAAAUCAUACAAAUCAACCACAUAGCUCGCAGCAUUGCCAAUUUAAUUGUUGCUAGAGGUGACAGUACUGAGAGUUUUCAUCCUGCCAUGGUAACACUAGAGAAGAAAGUGAAAAAUGCCUACAGUUGUGUCCCUUGGAAUCCGUUUCCCAUGGAUAUCUGGACAGCCAGGAAUAACCUCUCCGGUUCUAAAUCUGCCUCCCUGUCGGUGGCCUCUAAUCAUAGUUCUGUCGUUGACCACCUGGAAUUCCUUCUCUCCCGUUCCCAGAAAAUGUACAAAGCAGGGGCAUACUUACACUGGUACUGGAGAUAUGGGGCUACAGAGAUGAAUUUGUGGUUCUAUGGGAUUGCAGCAACAUGUCUGUUGAUAGCUCUUGCACCAUCCUCUGUAAGCCAGCAAACUGAUGUAGCAACAACUGGUCUGACGGUGCUUACAGCUGCUGGUGCUGUUGUAUCAAUAGGCUAUAUCUCUUUGUGCAUCACAGAAUUUUUCCUAGGUAUAGAUAAUGCACGCAGAACCGGGUACGAAGAGGGCAAAGAGAAAGGAGGGACUGACGGCAAAACGAUUGGUGAGGCUGAGGGAAUCCAAAUGGCAGAAGAGGAGUGCCAAAAAGAAUUAUCUGAGCUACUGGAAGAUUGUCAGAAAGAAAUUGACAUGGCUGUAGCUGCUAUUCUGCAGGAGGAAUUAGAUGGACGACAAAAUGCUAUCGACAUAACUGCCUCUGGAUUUACGACUGAUGCUGCUGCACAACUUCGUAGCUGCAUUAUUAGAAACCCAUGUACAUCAGAUGAUACUGCAAGUUGUAAAUCCGUACAGAUUGAUGGAACAGAUUUAUGUAUUACAACUUCAUUGGUGGUAUAAAGUGUGGAAAAAACCAGA